AUGCACCGGGGAGUAGGCUCAGCCUUUCUGUUGGUCAGGAAGAUGGCAGCCUCUAGCGCAGAGCCUCAAUUCCUGGUGCAGUACUUGGUGCUACGAAAAGAUUUAUCACAGGCUCCGUUCUCAUGGCCAGCAGGCGCCUUGGUAGCGCAGGCUUGUCACGCAGCCACCGCGGCAUUACACCUUCACCGCGACCACCCGCACACAGCAGCUUACCUUCGGGAGCUGGGGCGCAUGCGUAAAGUAGUUCUCGAGGCCCCAGAUGAGAACACCCUAAAGCAGCUGGCUGAGACCUUGCAACAGAAGAACAUCGACCACAUGCUGUGGCUGGAACAGCCAGAGAAUAUCCCCACUUGCGUUGCACUCAGGCCCUACCCCAAGGAGGAAGUGAACCAGUAUUUGAAAAAGUUCCGAUUAUUCAAAUGA